UUACGGCGGAAUUUUCCCAGGUGCAAACAGGAAGCCCCUUGAGCAUUUCACUCCUUUCUAGAAAGAAAGGUUUGUCCCCUGCUCUCAAGCAUAAAGGGCGAGCGAAUGAUUCACGGCGUCCUGCUCCCGGGACGGGACAGCAGUCCUGCUCCCUUAGGUGCAGCCAAUCAGAUCACAGGGCCAGUUUUAGUUUGGAUAAGCCUCUUCUGAAAGAAGCCCUGCGAAAGUAAUAACUGGCUAAAUCCUCUGUCUGAAAGGCCCCGGACGCGAUGGGCUGGGAAACGCUGAGUCCACAGUUGUGUCGCCGCGGUGGCUGCACGGCCCCCGCGCAGUCGCCUCUGAUAAAAUCCUGAGGGACGCUGGGCACCCUGAGUCACCAUGGGCAAUGAGAACAGCACUUCGGACAACCAGCAAGAGGACUCCGGCUUGCAUAACAUCAUCCUGUGGCCACCGAACCCUGAACUCCCGCAGAGGCCUUCAUCUGCUCAGAGUCCAAGAUCCGUGCAUCCACCUGGGAACAGCCCAAACAUAAAGGGGAAGCCAGAGGAGAAGCCCGGAAGCACUGAGCGUGGGGCCUUGCCCAGCGUCGGGCAUGGAGGCUCCUGCUCUGCUUCUGAGGGUGCUGCCAGCCUGGACCCAUGCAUCGUGUCCCCAGAGGUGACCGAGCCGAAGAAGCGCCCACAGGACGCCAGGGGCCCAGAAGGUUCUCCACUGCCCAGCCCACCCACGCCCAGGGAGCAGGAGCGCCCCUCGGCCGCUAUGCCCUUUGCCGAGGGCCCCCCAGAAGUUUGCUUGGCAAGCCCAGCAGCGGCAACCGAAGAUUGGCCUCUUGGUCAACAUCCUGGGAGGGAACCUUCCCCAAAUACCCCAGGGGACACCCUGGCAGCGUUUGUCACUGAGGCGGACAGCCUUACUCAGAGCAGCGCAGUUGCCAUUGUCCCCAGUGCCGGGAGAGAGAAAGAGCUGAAGGAGGAGGGACAUAUAGUGUCUUCCUCCAGGUGCAUUGACCAGUUGCCAGGAAUUUCACCAUCACCUCCUACAGAGCCAAUGAAGGGAGAGCCAUGUGGAGAGGAUGGCCGGCCUGGUGGUUUCAAGUCCCAAGGGAAAGAGGCUGCAGGUGGUUUUCCCCCCACAGAGUCAGGGCAGGGGGUGGCUUCUGUACAAGUGGCCCCCACAGCCCCUACUGCAGCACAAUUAGACAAGGAGAGCUCAGCUGGUCUGGAGGAGUGCCCCCCAAAUCCGGAGACCCUGACCCCAAAAGACCCGGCCCCCAGAGUCUCAGACAGAGAGAAGCGCCAAGUGGAGGUGGCACCUCAGGAUUCAGUGGAUGGCCUGGGAUUCCAUGGGGUCUGCCAGCCCAUGCAGAGCAGAGAUUCAGGGGCUGCCCAAGAAGCCGAAGCGAGUGCUGCUUCCUGGGAAAGCUGCCAGCAACAAAUGGGAGCACAUCUGCCACAUGCAGAGCUGCCCUGGGAUUCUCUGAGUCCUGCCCUGGCACCAGGGGCUAGGGGCUCUGGGAAAGAGAACAUGGAUGCUGGUGAAGCUCAGGGCCACUCGCAGACAGGGACGCCAGGAACUGAGCCCAGUAAAGCUGUCUGUGCAGCAGCAGGCGACCAACCCGAAGAGGGGUUAGUUGUGAGCACCGAGCCUUCCCCACAUGUGCCUGUGGAGGAAGCGCGUCCAGCUUCAAGCCUCACUUCACCGCCAGCUGCUCAGGCCUCUGUUGCUGUGGAGGAACCCAGCUGGUUGACCAGGGAGAUGAGUUCCGGGGCUGAGAUGCCAGUUCUUACAGAUCCAGCCAAAGAGCUGGCAGAUGAAGGGUUGGGGGGACAGGAGAAGCGCAUGUCAGAUCUCGGAGGUGAGGGAGAGGGUGCAGAAGGGAGCCCCAGAGAGCUUCCUGUGUCUUUGUCCCAGGAGGAGAGGGGAGAGCUCUCAACUGAGGAGCAAGGCCAUGAAGUCCAACAAGGGCUGCUGCCCACUCCCCCUCCCAGUGCAUCAGAUGAAAGUGCCAGAAAGUCACUGGAGCCAAAGGAGGAAGCCCAGGCCCCGGAAAGCCCAGCUGUGGCUAAGGAGGAAAGCAGCGUGCCCGGGGCCGACCUUAGAGGACAGGAAGGAGCCCCAGAGCCAUGUGACAAUGCAUAUCCUGGGAACCUGUGGGGAGAGCAACCCCAGGCCUUUGGCUGCAAGCCUAACCCAGAGAUGGAGAAAGACGAGGUUUCAAAGCUAACCAGUGAUGUGGAGAGCAAAGUCCCUCCCAGCACGGACUCGGUACAGCCACUCAGAAAGGAUGGUCCCAGCUAUGUGGACAGGCCUGGCUCUCCAUCAGAAGACGCAGCUUGGAGCUCAGUGGCCUGUGGGAUGAUGGGAGAAGCCUGUGUGGUCCAUGCAUCUGGCUCACUGCACAAGCCCGGUGAGCAGGAUCCUGCCCUGCCCCCUGAUCUGGAUGGAGCCAGUGAACACAUUCUUCCCAAAGGAGGUGUCUGGAAGGGGCCAGGAUUGCAGACCAAAUGUCCUGACACGCUUCAGGAUGCGGGGGGUUUGGGAAGAAUGGACUCUGUUCCUGUUUUAGAAUCUGAGAAGUCGGAUUUCCUGUCAACUCCUGCUGCAGAGGUGGUCCCCGAAGCCCAGGAAGUGGUGAGCACAUCUGAAAUAAAGACGAGGAGCCGCCCAGCCACACCGAAGCCUGGCAGCUGUGAUGGAGAGAGCUUGCUGACGUCCCUGGACCAGCCUUGUGGGCUGGGGCAUGAUGCACCUGGACAGGAAGACCAUGCUGAUGGGCCACAUCCCCCCGAGGAGAACUUCGCAGUGGACUGCGGGCUCACGACGCUCAGCCUGGAGCAAGACAGGGAGGGAAACCCGUCCUGCCCCGGGGACAGCUGGACACAAGUAGCUGCAUCCGAGGGGCCCUCACUGUCUUCUGAGAACUGUCUGCAGCCAUCCCAAUCAGACCCAGAAGCAUCUGCCUUUGAUGUGCUCAGGGAGAAAGCCCAAGCGUGUGAAAAUGGGAAAGAGACUUCUCCAGGUGAUCCAGGUUUUCAGAGCCCGGGUGCAGACUCUCCCCAGAUCCAUGUGCCUGUGGAACCUCAGGAGGCUGUGAGCUUCUCCACUCAUGGAGGAAAGGAACCAGCUUCCAGAUCAGAACUUCAAAGUGAGCUCCUCAAAGGCAGUAUGCCUAAUGCUCCAAGUUCAGCUCCCAAGGACCCACUUCUGGAGGGUCCGGCGACAGGGCAGUCGGAGUUGUCAGCACCAAUAGGACCAGAGAUGCCUGCACUAGGGGAGAAUGGGCAAGAGGGAGCAGGCAGUGGCAGUCUGCUCUCCAGGGUCUCGUCUCCUGCAGCAGACACCUUAAAAGACUCUUCUCUUGCAGGUAGCUUGAGCAGAAAGGAAAGUUGCUGUGCUGGGCAGGGGCCGAACGAGUCCCAACAGGAGCUGGUUGAUAUGCUGGAAGCCAGCAGCCAGCAUGAAGAAGCUUGUCGCAGGGACGCAGGCAUUUCUGAAGCAGCUGACUCUUGGCCCCUGCUCCAGGGCUUGGGAAAGACUGAGAAGGCAAGUAGGAACACAGUGGGGACCCCGCCUUGUCCGCCUGACUCAGUAGCUUUCCCGGAUGCAGCUCACUGCCCACCAGCCCCAGUGUUCCCCUGUCCAAGAGUCACACCCGCCCAGGAUGCCCCAGAGAGAGAAGCAUGUGAUGCAACCCAGGAAGGCAGGCAGCAACCAGUGCCGGCCCCGCAGAAGGAAAUGGAGCAUCCCACCGCCUCAGAUGCGAAGGCGCAAAAGCUUCUUGGAAGUUUCCCAUCAGCUGAGGAGCAGGGUGUGGAAGGUGAGGCUGCUAAGACUGGUAAGAACGCCAAUGAAGGAGAUCCGGGGAUGCAGCGGGCUCUGGAGGAGCCAGGAGGAGCUGCUCUGAGUGGUGGCUUCCUUCAGACUGAGCAGUGCCCCUCCUCUGGGAAGGAAUCUUCUACCGCUGCCCUAGGUGAGCCCAGCCAAGAUGAGCAGCCCUCGGCCAGCUGCCAGGAUGCUUUACUGCCAGCCGGAGAGCUGGGUGGGAUUCCCAGCGCCACAGUGGACAUUUCUGCACCCCAGGUCAUCCUCGACCCGAAGAGGCUCCUGCCAUCUGGGCCACCAGAAGAAGCUGCUCCUGACACUCCUUACCUGCAUAUCGACGGUGCUGCUAGGAAAGGGCCAGAAGACAGUGGGGUGAAAGCUGUUUCCUCUCAAGACCCCAGGGCUCCUGGUGAAAGCCCUUGUCCCACAGGGGAGCCCCUGCUCGCCUUGGAAAAUGUCGCCUCCCUGAAGCUGUCUGCUGGCUCCCUUGCCUCCCUCUCACAACCAGGAGCUGCAGGUGGGGAAACCUCUGUGGAGCAAGCUAGCAGCGGAAGUCCCAAAGCUGGAAACGUUGAGGGACCUGUGGACUCCGUGCCCUACCUGGAGAGGAUGCCGCUUCUGGCCAAGGGUAAGCAGACAACGGGAGAGGAGAAAGCAGCAAGUGAUCCCGGUGCGGGUGCCAGGCCCAGUGAGAUUCCAGCAUGCCCUGCCAGUGGGGAAGGCAUGGCAGGCAAUGCAGCAGGGGAGACAGAGAACAGCAGGGAGAGGAUGGUAGAACCUUCCGAAGAUCCGAGGAGGGGCGUGUCAGGUGGUGUAGACUCAAGCUCCAGGCAGACCAGCAUGAUCGCUGGGUUCUCUGACUUCAGGCAGCACAUCACCAAGAUCUUUGAGAAGUCUGUGCUGGGAACCCUGACCACUGAUCGGCCCCAGAGCACACCAGGAGGAAAGGCAGGAGCUGGGAGGAGCGUGGCGGGCAAGGACCUCGCUGUGCCGCUGAGCCCGGAGAAGCUUCCAGAUGGGAUUCAAGCAACGGCUGUUGCUCCUCUCCCCACCCCUCCUGCUGGACUCCGGGUGGACUCAAAGGAGAAGAAGCAAGAGUUGGCUGUAGAGGCUGAGAUUUCCCAUCUGGUUCCCCAGGGUCCAGCUCCAGAAAAGCUGCCAGGGCAGGGGGUGCUGGCUGCAGAGCAGAACCUGCCAGGUGCCAGGGUGGGGGUGGCCAUGACUGGUGUCCCACAGGUGCAGAAGGAAAGCGAGAAACCAGAGGGGGCUGGGGAAGCUGGGCAGGGAGGCCAGGCCCACUCACAGCAGGGAAGCAGCCGGCAGGAAUCAGCUUCGGGUCCUUGCUCACAGGUAGCUUCUCAGGAGAUCCCUGAGGAGAAGGCUGCUGACUUGCAGGGGGCUCCCAAGAGCCAUGGAGAAGGGGACUCGGCUCAAGACAACAGAAUUCCUUCUGGAGAACAGCACCAGGAAACAUCCACCAGUGACAGUCAACCCAGAGAUGGUGCCGGGGGCUUUGCUCACACAAGGGCUGCGGGUGACAUGCCAGGGUCCACCUCUGCCCUGGGAGCAUCUGCUCCCCAUGGGGAUACUCCGACUGUGGCCCAGGCCAUCAGUGAGGCCUGGCCCCCCAGCACACUGGGAGAUGAGAAGACGCAUGUUGGUGCUGCCUGGAUCUUGGAAACACAAAAUUCCCUGGGCAACCAGAGCACCCCUGAGCCACCCACUGGAGAAGUGGCGGACACUCCCCUGGAGCCCAGCUCGGUGGCAGGAGCUGCUGGGGAAGCAGAGGGUGACGUCACUUUGAGCACAGCUGAGACCGGAGCACGUGUGUCUGGUGACCUGCCUGAAACAGGUACUACCAGAAUGUUCUCUGGUGAAGCUCGUGCCUUGGGGCUGCCAGGGAGCCGUGGGGACCCAGGCUGCUCUGACGGGGCUCUGGGGAUGGAGGCUGCAGCCGCCCUGUGCGGGGACAGCCCAGCCGGUCACCAGCAGGCUGAGGAGCAGCCCGGGCCUGAGCUUCCCGAUCCUGCUGCAGAUGGGAGAGUGCGUGUCUCCUCACCUCCAAAACCUGACGAAACUCGGGACCUGAAGCUGCAAAACCUGGCUCCAGAAGCUCUCCAUGAUAAAAGAAAGAGCCCCGGGCCUGGCCUAUCCACCUUACCUUCCGUUCCUGAGAAGGAUGCUCCAAACAUCAUGGGCGAGGUCAUUUCAGAUGAGGCCAGAAGUGCGGGAGGAGCAGAAAGUCCACCUGCAACAGAUGCCAUCAUCCAGCCAGCUGCCCUUGAGGACCUGGAAAUCCUACUCUUAGCUGCUGCUUCCCGCCACGGUGAUAUCAUCGGCCAGGUCUCCCCGGAUCUGACAGCCCCGAGCACCUCCCCAGCCGCUGCCCCGGCCUCAGAACAUGCAUCUUUGCCAUCUGCCCCAGCCAGUGAUGGAGUAGAAGCUUCCUCUUCCGCCUGCCAGGGCCUGGCCAAGGACUUAAGCAGGAGUUCUGACUCUGAAGAAGCAUUCGAGACCCCGGAGUCAACGACCCCUGUGAAAGCUCCACCAGCUCCACCCCCGCCACCCCCCGAAGUCAUUGCAGAAUCUGAAGUCAGCGCACAGCCUCCCCCGGAAGAACCAGGAUGUGGUUCUGAGACGGUCUCUGUCCCCGAUGGCCCCCGUAGCAGCUCGGUGGAAGGCAGCCCUUUCCGUCCUCCGUCACACUCCUUCUCUGCCGUCUUCGAUGAAGACAAGCCGAUAGCCAGCAGCGGGACUUACAACUUAGACUUUGACAGCAUCGAGCUGGUCGAUGAUUUUCAGGCCUUGGAGCCUCGCUGCUCAGACUCUAAGAAUCAGGAAUGCAAAGUGAACACGCGGAGGAAGUCCACGGAUUCGGUCCCCGUCUCUAAGUCCACGUUAUCCCGGUCUCUCAGCCUGCAAGCCAGUGACUUUGAUGGUGCUUCUUGCUCGGGCAGCGCCGAGGCCGUGGCCCCGGCCCCAGAUGCCUACAGCACGGGUUCCAGCAGUGCCUCCAGCACCCUUAAGCGAACUAAAAAACCGAGGCCACCUUCCCUAAAAAAGAAACAGAUCACUAAGAAACCCCCUGAAACCCCCCCAGUGAAAGAGACACAACAAGAGCCAGCUGAAGAAAGUCCCAUCCCCAUUGAGGAGAAUCCAGCGUCCGAGACAAAAACGGAAUCCACUGGGACGGAAGGUUCCGUACCAGCCUUACUGGAGGAGGCUCGUCUCAAACCAGCUGCUGCGUCUGAGGCCGGCUGCCCUCUGGACUCAGAGGGCGCAGAAGGGGCCGUCCCUCCAGCUCCUGGAAGUGGCAGAGUGCAGAACUCACCCCCCGUUGGAAGGAAAACGUUGCCUCUUGCCACGGCCCCAGAGGCAGUGGAGGUGACCCCAUCAGAUAGUGGGGGACAGGAGGACUCCCCAGCCAAAGGGCUCUCGGUGAGGCUGGAGUUUGACUAUUCUGAGGACAAGGGUAGUUGGGAGACCCAGCAGGAAAACCCCCCUCCUACCAAAAAGAUAGGCAAAAAGCCAGUUGCCAAAAUGCCCCUAAGGAGGCCAAAGAUGAAAAAAACACCCGAGAAACUCGACAACACUCCUGCCUCGCCUACCAGAUCCCCCGCUGAACCCAAUGACAUCCCUAUUGCUAAAGGUACCUACACCUUUGAUAUUGACAAGUGGGAUGACCCCAAUUUUAACCCUUUCUCUUCCACCUCAAAAAUGCAGGAGUCUCCCAAACUCCCCCAACAGUCAUACAACUUUGACCCAGACGCCUGUGAUGAGUCCACUGACCCCUUUAAGACGUCCUCUAAGACCCCCAGCUCACCUUCUAAAUCCCCAGCCUCCUUUGAGAUCCCAGCCAGUGCUAUCGAAGCCAAUGGAGUGGACGGGGAUGGGCUAAACAAGCCCGCCAAGAAGAAGAAGACGCCCCUAAAGACGAUGGUUGAAGAUGUGAUGUCUGUGUGUUCUCUGUUUGACACAUUUAGGGUGAAAAAGUCUCCAAAAAGGUCUCCUCUCUCUGAUCCACCUUCUCAGGACCCCACUCCAGCAGCUACACCAGAAACGCCGCCAGUGAUCUCCGCCGUGGUCCACGCAACUGAUGAGGAGAAGCUGGCGGUCACCAGCCAGAAGUGGACGUGCAUGACGGUGGAUCUGGAGGCUGACAAACAGGACUACCCGCAGCCCUCCGACCUGUCCACCUUCGUAAACGAGACCAAAUUCAGUUCGCCCACGGAGGAGUUGGAUUACAGAAACUCCUAUGAAAUUGAAUAUAUGGAGAAAAUUGGCUCCUCCUUACCUCAGGACGAUGACGCCCCGAAGAAGCAAGCCUUGUACCUUAUGUUCGACACUUCUCAGGAGAGCCCGGUCAAGUCUCCUCCCGUCCGGAUGUCAGAGUCCCCGACGCCGUGUUCAGGGUCAAGUUUUGAGGAGACUGAAGCCCUUGUGAACGCUGGGGCAAAGAUCCAGCAUCCUGUGGCACGAGGGCUGGCCCCCAACCAAGACCCGCACUUGCAGGUGUCAGAGAAAUCCUCCCAGAAAGAGCUGGAGGCCAUGGCCUUGGGCACCGCUUCAGACACCAUUGAAAUUACAGCUCCUGAGGGCUCCUUUGCCUCUGCUGACGCCCUCCUCAGCAGGCUGGCUCAUCCAGCCUCUCUCUGUGGUGCGCUUGACUAUCUGGAGCCCGACUUAGCAGAAAAGAACCCCCCAGUAUUUGCUCAGAAACUUCAGGAGGAGCUAGAGUUCGCCAUCAUGCGGAUAGAAGCCCUGAAGCUGGCCAGGCAGAUUGCCCUGGCUGCCCGCAGCCGCCAGGACGUCAAGAGAGAGGCUGCUCACCCAACAGAUGUCUCCAUCUCCAAAACAGCCUUGUACUCCCGCAUCGGGACCACCGAGGUGGAGAAACCCGCAGGCCUUCUGUUCCAGCAGCCGGACCUGGACUCCGCACUCCAAAUUGCCCGAGCAGAGAUCAUAACCAAGGAGAGAGAGGUCUCAGAGUGGAAAGAUAAAUAUGAAGAAAGCAGGCGGGAAGUGAUGGAAAUGAGGAAAAUAGUGGCCGAGUAUGAGAAGACCAUCGCCCAGAUGAUAGAGGAUGAACAGAGGGAGAAGUCAGUCUCCCACCAAACGGUCCAGCAGCUGGUCCUGGAGAAGGAGCAAGCCCUGGCUGACCUGAACUCCGUGGAGAAGUCUCUGGCCGAUCUCUUCAGGAGAUACGAGAAGAUGAAAGAGGUCCUGGAGGGCUUCCGCAAGAACGAAGAGGUGCUGAAGAAGUGUGCACAGGAGUACCUGUCCCGAGUGAGGAAGGAGGAGCAGAGGUACCAGGCCCUGAAGGUGCACGCGGAGGAGAAGCUGGACAGGGCCAACGCCGAGAUUGCCCAGGUCCGGGGCAAGGCCCAGCAGGAGCAGGCUGCCUACCAGGCCAGCCUGCGGAAGGAGCAGCUGCGAGUGGAUGCUCUGGAAAGAACACUGGAGCAGAAGAAUAAAGAGAUAGAAGAACUCACCAAGAUUUGUGAUGAACUGAUUGCCAAAAUGGGGAAAAGCUAACUUUGAACCAAACGUCUGGCCUUGACCGUUGCGUGCAAUAUGACCGUCAGCACACUGCUGUCCCCUGGUUACGCGGACAGGUUCUGUUUUCACUUUCCGUAUGCACUACUGUAUUUCCUUUCUAAAUAAAGUUGAUCUGAUUGUAUGCAGUACUAAGGAGACUAUCAGAAUUUCUUGCUAUUGGUUUGCAUUUUCCUAGUAUAAUUCAUAGCAAGUUGACCUCAGAGUUCCUGUAUCAGGGAGAUUGUCUGAUUCUCUAACAAAAGACAUUGCUGACCUUGGCCUUGCCCUUGUCCCCGAGUUCCCAGGGUGAGCAGCUUUUGGAUUUCAUAUGAACAUGUACAGCUUGCACAGGGACUCUCGCCUUAAGGAGUGUAAACUUGAUCUGCAUUUACUGAUUUGUUAAAAAAAAAAAAAAGAAAAUGCAUGUUUCAAAUAAGAUUCUCUAUUGUAAAUAAAUUUUUUUCUUUGGA